UUCCGUCGUCCCGUCUUCUUAAAAGCCCUAGAGUUCAGUUCCUCCGACUCAGCCCCGAGCGAAAGAGAGAGAGAGAAGAAAUGAUGAAGCGUCUGAUCCCAACGUUCAACCGCAUCCUUGUGCAGAGAGUCAUCCAGCCUGCCAAAACCGAAAGCGGCAUCCUCCUCCCUGAGAAGGCCUCCAAGCUGAACUCGGGAAAGGUGAUAGCAGUGGGACCUGGAUCAAGGGAUAAGGACGGGAAAUUGAUCCCAGUCUCUGUUAAGGAAGGCGACACUGUUCUUCUCCCAGAGUAUGGCGGUACUCAGGUCAAGCUAGGCGAGAAGGAGUACCAUCUCUUCCGGGAUGAGGACGUCUUGGGGACGUUGCACGAAGAUUGAGAAAGGCUAAGCGGUGGUCUUGUUGGCGUUUUAAUGUUAUGGGGAGAGAAACAAACAAGUUAUUUAUAAUUUUUAGUUUAUGUGGUUGGACAUGUCAUUGAAAUUUACUUUAAUAGACUAUAUUUGUCCCUUCUGAGUCGGUCGUUCCAGUUUUUCCAAAUUGUCAUCAAUCCUAAGAUAAGUUAAAGUUAACCGGAUUGUUGCAUCUUGUGAUUCCAAUCCUUCUGUGACGAUGGCUUACUUGAAUGUGCGUAUUCUUGAUCA